UGACUGCACCAUCAUGUUUCCUCAUUCACUCUCCAUGAUUAUCUGCUCCACAUUCAUUUGGAAACCCACAUUAAAAUGCAUUCGAGUCGGCUCCACUCUGUUUUAACUUAAAUUACUCAGCCUAAUCUAUAUUACCUAUAGUUUGUGGAAUAAUGGAUGCGUGCAUUGUUUUUUUUUUUCCCGUCCCUGCAGAGAACAGUCCGGGUCUAAAUCCUCGGCCUGGUCUUAAUCUCCUCACUCUUGAAAGCGUCUCCAUCUUCUUCUGUCUCUGCGUGUUAAUUGGAAGCUAAUGGUCUGAGCUCGAUAAGGCCGGAUCUUCCUCCCUCGUGUCCUGGAAACUGAUUUUCUGAUGAAAUAUUUCAAUUAAAAUAUUGUCCAAGCCAUUUCCACGGCUGUUAGGAGUGAUGGUGAUGUCUCUGUUUCUGAUGAGGAGGCGGAAGAAGAGACUCACAGAAAUAAAACAUGGAGACGUUUUACUCUCAGAGAGAAAAGCUGCUGGAGUUUGCAGAGAUGGUUUUAUUAUUUUAAACGAUUAAACGUUCCAGUGAGGGGAAACCUGCAGGACACGAACAUUCUUCAAAGUCUUCGAGUCUCUGUCAACACUUUGUGUUUGUCUCUUUCCUGUUUCACCAUCACGUUCAUCACAUGAGGCUGAAUUUCAUUGAUCCGCUGAUUCAGAUGUUCUGCUCUGUCAGGUCUGUUUUUACGACACGUGAUCACAGGAUGCUUCAGUCACCUCACAGUUUGUUUAUUUGCUGAGUGAUUGUGUGAAAUGCUUCUUUAAUAUGAUUUAAUCGUUGGGUGUGACCGGAGCUCGUCCCUGAACUUCCAGCUGAAUGAAUCAGGGCUGUAGUUUUGUUGCUGUGAUGUUUGAGCGUCCACAAACUUUUGGCUGCACAGUAUAUUUCAGAAUAAUAAUUGUAUUUAAAUUUUAAUCCUAUUUUAAUUUGAUAUGUGUAUUCUAAUUGUUGUGUGUGCAUACAGUCCCAGUGUCUUCUCUGCUGAGACACAGAUUAACUUCAAACAAAACGUCUGCAAACUUUGCUGCUUCGGCUCGUUGGAAACUGUUGGUUUCGUUUGAAGACGUGUGUCAGUCACGUUUUUACUGUUUUCUUUCAUGUUAUGGAUUAUUUGAUUAAUUGAGAGGAAAGUAAUCGAUUAGUCGAUCAUGACAGAUCCAGUCAUGUUCUGUGCUGAUGUGAAGUGUUUUCACUGAAUGUUCUGCUUCAACAGGCUAAUGUGCUUUUACAGAAUCUGUUGAUGACUUAAUCUGGUAUCUGUUAAUGUUCUGAUCCAUUUCAUCAUAUUAAUCCUUUAUCUGUCACGCUGAGAAAACAGAUUUGAACUGAACUAAUUUGCAGUGUGAGGAGAGAGCGGAGGCUCAGUGAGGGGAAGACGAGUGCUGCAGAGACAAAGCUUCGUGGAGAUGUUGACGUCUCUCGGUCUCGAGCUGCGUCCAUUUUCAUUCGUGCCUGUUUGCUGCUGGAGACAGAUGCUGCAGCUGUGGCUGAGUUUCUGCUGAUCAGUGACCCCCCCCACUGUUCUAACAACUAUUGAAUAGAUUGCUAUGAACUGUGCUUCAGAUAUUCAUGGUCCCCUGAUGAUGAAUCCUACUGACGUUUCCUCUGCUUUGGUUUAUUUAACCAACAGUUUUUUGUUUCAUGAAUUUUUCGAUACAGUAAGUGGACAGUUGAAUUUCAUCUGCUGCAGAUUGAUAUGAAUCCCCUGAAGGUUGUUUGUCUGUCUCAGUCAAUUCUUCUCUUGUUUCUUCAGUUUCAGUUUACUGUGUUGUUAUAACGUGUAAACACAUCAACAGAAGGAGAGGACAGCAGCAGAGAAGGACUCCACAGGUCACAGCUCAUUACGACCCUCAGCCAAGAGGCGCUGCGGCAAAAUGUCAUAUUUCACUCCCAGCUCUCAGAGGACGAGCUCCGCUGUACUGUACAGCCUCCUGUACGGCUGCUGCGCCUCUACCCUUCUCUACUGUUCUCUACUGUUCUCUACUGCAGCUCCAACUCCAGGGGAUUCACUUCUUCUCCUCCUUUUUCACUCCGACACUUUCGGCAGGAUUUUUCUUCCUUUUGAAAGAGAAGCGCAGAGGAACAUUCUGAUGAAGUCUGCUGCUGCUGCUGGAGAUGAUGUGUGAGAGGACACUGAUGAAAAUGAGUUGGAAUCUUUGACCAUAAACAGCUGAGGAGUGAGAGUCCUGGACUGAGCUGCAGUUUUCACUAAGAACACCGAAGUCAGCAGAAGCGGACCGCGGACCUGCUCCCGCUCCUCCUCCCUCCUCAGAUCCCAUUUUUAUUUCUUUUUUAACUAAAAGCUCCUGAAUGCGGACUGGUCUCGCUUCACAUUCGGCACUAAAGGGGGGCUUUCUCCAGCUUCAAGUCCCCCCUUUCCUCUCGGGUCUCCGUCCAGCAGCAGUGCGUCGCGGCUGUGCGUAAAAACCAGAUCCUCUCCCUCAUCUCCGAGACAGAACCUGUCCAACCCGGGCAGCGAGCGGGGCUUUCAGCACCAGCACUUUUCUAAUCUCCAGUUUGACUCUGAACAAAGCGACCGGCGACCAUGGAUGUGUUUAAGAGCCGGCUGUUGGGCAUUUCCGUGGCCGUUGCGCACGGCGUGUUCUCCGGCUCUCUGAACAUCCUGCUGAAGUUCCUCAUCACUAAUUAUCACUUCUCCUUCCUGACGCUCAUCCAGUUCCUGACCAGCAGCACCGCGGCGCUCACUCUGGAGACCCUCCGGCGGCUGGGGAAGGUCACGAUCCCGCCGUUCAGCUUGCAGCUCUCCAAGGAGUUCGGCUCGGUGUGUAUCCUCUCCACGCUGCAGUCCACCCUCACUCUGUGGUCUCUGCGCGGCCUCAGCCUGCCCAUGUACGUCGUGUUCAAACGCUGUCUGCCGCUCUUCACGCUCAGCAUCGGGGUGUGCGUGCUGAGGAACGGCGUGCCGUCCAUCGGGGUGGUGACCGCCGUGCUCAUCACCACCGGCGGAGCUGCUCUGGCUGGUGCUGGUGAUCUCACCGGCGAUCCGUUCGGUUACGUCACCGGUGUGUUGGCGGUGAUCAUCCACGCCUCCUACCUGGUCCUGAUCCAGAAAACCAGCCUGGACAGUGAAUAUGGACCGCUCACUGCACAGUACGCCAUCGCCAUCAUGGCGUCGCCGGUGCUGCUGGUUUGCUCCAUCAUCUCCAUGGAUGCCGUCAACAUGUGGUCAUACGAGGGCUGGAAGGACCCCCACAUCACGGUCAUUUUCACCCUCUGCAUCUUCAUUGGCUGCGCCAUGAACUUCACCACGCUGCACUGCACCUACAUCAACUCUGCCGUCACCACCAGCUUCGUCGGUGUGGUCAAGAGCAUCGCCACCAUCACCGUCGGCAUGCUGGCGUUCAGUGACGUCGCGCCCACCGGGCUGUUCAUCGGCGGCGUGGUGGUGAACACCAUCGGCUCCAUCACCUACUGCGUGGUCAAAUACUUUGAGACGAAGAAGAAGAGCUUGUAUGAGGAUCUGGAAGAGGCGGGGAAGGAUGGAGGGCUGCCCGGGGAGCCUUACCGAGAGAAGCCGCCGCUGAAUGGUGACGGGCCCGCUGCUGGCACCGGAUCUGAUCUGGGACAAGCGCAGAUGGAGGGAGUGUUGAGCAGUGACGGGCAGGAGGAGGCCGCGACGGCCGAUUUGGCCAACGGUCAGCUGUGGACAGGAGAUGGUGGACGAGAAGACGGAGAAGCAGGCGUGAAACCUUGUGUCAUGACGGAAAAAGAGGCGCUGGAGAUGCAGAGGGAGCACCUCCACAGGGAGAACACCAACCCCGGUCAGUCGCUCAGUGACAGCUAUGUCGGGGUGUGGAGAUCCAUCAGACAUCUGCAGUUUAUGAAGAAAGAACCUUUGAUUGAUAACAUGGAGCAGCAGAGUCCGUAGGGGACGGACUGACUCUCGAAAAGAAAACUGGGAAAGAAUAGGAGGAUAAAAAAAGGUCUUGAACAUGCUGAAUAAACCAGAGGAGACGAGAAGGAGAAGGGCAGAAUAAAAACGACAAACUGAAGCUCCGUGUCCACUGGGAACCUCCAAGAUGAGCAGUAAAUUAAAUAGCCUGAAUGAAAGCCUGUGUUUUUUCUAAAAGUUCAGUUUCAUCACACGGGGCUUUGAGAGCUAAAACAGGCUCUCAGUUCUGUUAAGAGCAGGAAACAGAGUCCUUGUCCUUGUUUAUGAUGAGAAUAAAAAGAGGUUCCUGCUGGAGAAAAGUGGAUGAAGAGUUUCGGGAGAAGCUGCCUGUUAAAGAUAAAUUCUGCCUCUUGUCUCCUCGAGCUCUGCGGCGUGCAGCGGGGAACAGGCUAGCCACCGUGCAGCAUGAUUAGGUUUGGUUUGUGUCCCCGCUGACUACACAGCUAGCCAAACAAAAGCAGGUCUUAAAGAAAAACAAGUGCAUCUUGUGCAAACUGAAAUAUCUCUUCCAAUCAGGGAACCGCAAAACGAGCAGCAGGCACCUGAACGUUUUUUUGUUUUACUGAAACCUGGAUGAAUUCUUGUUUCUGAUAUGCACUGGGGGGGUGAAUUAAAACCUUUCACUCACGUGGUUCAGGUCAAGUUCAGCCACUUGUUAAAAGCAUGCACUGGCCACAAAGAGCUGACCUCCGGCUGUGUUCACACUGGCUUUGUUUGUUUGAGUUUGGACGUGAGUUUGAUUGUGUGUCUGCCUCUGACCCUGCAGGUCCACUGUCACACACAAAACGAUGUCAGCGCCUGUUCUGAGGGAAACUGUCGGGCUUUGGUUUUAUUUUCUGCUCAUGUCACUGAAAUAUUUUACAUUUCUGGUUUCCACUAAUGAACUUAUCAUGACAGGACGCAGCUAACUGACUCCACGGGACGUCGCAGGUAAGACAGGUCAUGUUUAAAAGCAGAGACUUUUCUCAGGGCCUGUGGGUGGACCAGUACAGCUGGGAAGAUAAGUGCUAACGUGCUAGCCAGCCUGGAACAUGCCAGUCACGGUAGCUGUCUAACCUAGCUAGCUUACUGUCAGUUAGAGGCGAUAGCUGAUUAGCUUGAUUAUCAGGAGAGUUAGCGUGUUUGCUAACAGGUCAAUAAUCUGUUUCAGUUUCUUCGGUAUGUUGUAUUUGUACCGUGUUUCCUGUGGAGCAGCUGAAGUAAAUGGCGUUAGCACUUAGCUAACAAACUACGGCAGCUCCAGUUUAAGGUUUGAGAUCUUAAACUUCUGCUGCCGGCAGCAACGUGGCCGUCCACAAACGUCUUAGUUACUCUGAAUAUUCCGUCAGUACGACUGUGAACAGUUAUUGUUUUUAUCAAGUCUGCUCUAAAAAAAAAAAAGGCUGCCCACCUCCAGGCGGCUCAGAGACAGUUUCUAAUAAAAUCAGUUAAAAUCAG